GGUUGAACAUGGCGGCCGGCAGCUGCCGGGGCAGGCGGCGGCUUCUCUGCGCGCCGGCCGCGCUGCUCCUCGCGGUGCUAUUGGGUGCUGCCUCCGUCUCUGCGUCCUCCUCCUCCUCCCGGGCAGGCAGCCCUGGCGAGCCGCGGAGCCGUGUGCAAGUACUGGGCGGCUCCAACUGGAGCCUGGUGUUGCAGGGCCAGUGGAUGUUGGAGUUCUAUGCUCCUUGGUGUCCUGCUUGUCAACAGAUUGAAUUGACAUGGGAGAGUUUUGCAAAGGAAAGCGAACGUCUGGAUAUCACUGUGGGAAAGGUGGAUGUCACUCAAGAACCAGGCUUGACUGGUCGUUUCUUUGUCACAACACUUCCUACAAUUUACCAUGCAAACGACGGAGUAUUUCGCAGAUACCGAGGCUCUAGGACAUUGGAAGAUCUUCAAGGUUACGUUUUAGAGAGAAAGUGGGAAGCUGUGGAGCCUGUAGCAGGAUGGAAGUCUCCAUCUUCUAUAAUGAUGCAUGGUAUGGCGGGGCUAUUUCACCUCUCUGGAUGGAUUAGGCAAAUACAUAACUACCUCACUGGCACUCUUGGAAUUCAUGUUUGGAUUUCUUAUGCAAUCUUCAUCCUAGCUACCUUGUUGAUUGGCCUGCUCCUGGGUUUGAUACUGGUUUUGAUAUCAGACUGCCUUUGCCCAUCCAAGUCAAGAUACAGAGCUGAAAUAUCUGAAGAAGCAGUUACAAAAGAUAAUGUGGAGAAUGCAGCGUUAGAAGAACCGGAGGAGGCUGCAGAGCUUUCCGCAGAUGAUGCUGAAGAGACUGCAGAUGUAAAAGAUCUUUCAGAUGGAGAAGAUGCAGCAAAUUCAAGUGCUGAUGACUCAGAGGAGGAUUUAGCACUUGGAAAAGAAUCAGGGGAAGAAGAAAUGGAAGACUUGAGUGAACAACCUUUAGCUGAAUCAGAGACUGAAAGCUCCGUUAGACAGCGUAAAAGUCAGGUGGCCGAUAAUGGUCUAUAGUUGUUUGGUGGUGUAUUUUGUACACUUGGACCAAAGAAGUAUCAGACCCUGAGUCUGAAGCUGAAGCUUUUACUUGAUCUGUCAUUUGUGUUUACGUAAAACCUCUGCUCUGUUAGCAGGCUUCUUUUUUUUAUUAAGCUGAUACAUGCUUACUUUGUUUUAUAAGCAUGUAUACUAUGUGUUGUGUAUCUUUAGCCAUGACAAUCAAAAUAAGUGUAUCUUAUCUGUUUGAAGUCUUGUAAGAGAAAAAGGAUGUAACAGCGUCAGUUCACUAGUUAUAAAAUGGUCACAUAUGCUUGUGUUCAAGUAUUGACCUCUUAACUUACAGAAGCUUGGUAGGACUGUGACUUUUCUGUCUGAAUGUUUGUCUGAAUGCCACAGAAGCACCAGGUUAGUGAUACAGUAGUCAAAGAAGGCACCUUAGUAGUCUUCUGUUAAAAAUGUUAUAUAUGAUGGGUUUAUUUUUAUCACUUUCAACUGAAGCACCUUUCUCUUUCAUUUUGGUUAAUGUUUGUUUUGCAAGUUUAUUAUGUAGUACACCCCCAGCUUUUUCGAUUUUUGGUAAUUCAGAGUCAUGCUGCAUAGCUGAAGCUUGUCAGCUGAGUUUUUUGACCCAAGAAGUUUGAGUAAUUGAAAAACCUCAGGCUGAGAAAGAGUGGCAACUAGAUGUUUAAAAUAUGUUUGAACUUUUAGAAGGUUUAAGUGAAAUUAUUUUGGUUGGGAGAUUUUUGCCAAAGCAUGACUUUGUUUCUUCUUUUCGAGAGAUUGUAGCAGGAAGUAUUCACUUAGCAGUCAGUAAGUUGUAUAUUUCUUGCCAACACAAGCUUAUUAUGUGCAGUGCAGUUCUGCCAUUUUCAACUCUGAAUAUUUUUGACAGGACUCAAAACUGUUAUAGUAACAUUAACUGAAGAGGCACUUAAAGUUUUACCUUUGAUCACUUUUCUGCUUUCUGUCACUGGAUUUGGCACAUUAGGACAAGAGGGGUGUAGUUGGGUAAUGGGGAGGAACUCCUGUGUUUGCUACUUAUAUCGAGAUAAACGUGUGUCUGAGCUGUGUAAAGUGAAAAUGGCUUGCUAGGUAGGCAGCAUUAGGUAUAGGUAGAAGACUUAAGUUAAAGAUAUCAAUAUUUCCCUCCUUUUGGCUUGGUUAAUAUAUAAGGCUUUUUUUUUUUAUGGAAUGACUACAGUGAGAUCCUGUAUGUUCCUGUUUUGUUGGUGUGUCACCAUAUACAUAAGAUAUGUCUUAAUCUUGAUUUUUUUUUUAAGUAAAUAUAUAUAUAUAUUGCAUAAAGCUUGCUAACAGGCAUGAAUUUCAUCUUGUUCCUCAAGAAUAAAGAGUAAUCAGAGAUGAAAUAAUCUCUCAUUAGAAGAGACAAGUUGCAAGUGCAAAAUGCUGGUUUCCUUUGAGACUGAGAUUAAUAGGGCCAAUUUGUGUUGAAAGUUGUUUUGUUCUCUUUUUAAAUGCUCAUAAAGAGUAUAUUUACUAAGAAAGCUUAACUUUUCCGCUCUGUAUCCUGUUGCAUAUUGUUUCUUGGAACUAUAUGGUAGAAACUUUGCAUUUGUCUGUUACAGCUGUGUAAAGAGCAAAAUUACCGUGACUAUAUAGAAUAUGAAUUUUCUUAAGGAACAUUCUCAGUCUGGAGCUUGAAUUUCAUAUAGUGAACACAUGUAAAAAUGCUUUUACAUAUGUGCAAACAUGCAGUUGAUGAUACAUACACGUUGGAUUAUGAGAACAGUCUUACAUUAUUGGGACAUUGUCCCAUGUAACUGAGUAAUUGUAGAAGCUUACAGCUAGCACAGCUCAGUAGCAGUUGAGGUACAUAGCAGCUUCUGUAAUGAAAAAAAACCCAACCCCAAAACAGACUCAAACUGAAGCUAAGCUUUUAUUUGCAAAAAUUGAGAAACUUUGUGACCACUGCAGUCUGGAGGGAAGAACUGUGCACCUAAAAGUUCAGAGUAUGGAUUUGUUGUUUCCAUGAUGUGUUUGUUGUUUUCAUUCUCUGUGCAUCAGGAGCUCAUAAAAAUUCUGAAAGGAAAACAAGGUAUUAACCAUAUUUCAUGAGACCAGCUGGAGACAGUGAGUAUAUUCAGUUAGGUGAAGUUGCAUAAGUGAAGAACAGACAUAUCCCCUCAGUCGUGAGUGCAAAACUACUAGACACUGAGAAAUAUGAGGUAUUGUAUCCAGCACACAUUGAGGCCAGGGAUUAGUCUGACUGUGUACCAAAGAUGAUGUUUUGUAUUACACAGGUAGUUUGUGAUGCUCAGAGUGUAGGAGGGAGCACGUCAAUAUUAAAUUUUGAUUCCAUUUCUCUUCACUUUUGUAAUGUCAUGGAGCAAUCAUCUUAAUAUCCUCCUUGACUGAUUAAAGAUGUUUAACUUUAAAAAGUCUAGAACAUCCUUAGACAUCACAGUGGUUUGCUUGUAUACUGUUCAGCAUAUGAAGUAUUAACAAGUCAAAUGUACCUCUUUUCAUUGGUCAAGGAGAGGUAUUUGGGCUGUUUGAAUGUUUAGACAAAUAAGAUGUUCUCACAAGGGGGGAGUCUUUGUAAUAAUGUCUUUGAAUUUAAAAAAGCAAAACCACAGACCACAAAUUGCACCCUGUCCUACAAGAUACAUAGUUGAUGAGGUGAUGAGUUUGGAUUAUUUAAAACGAAGAUGUUAAGUGUUUUCCAUUACAAUAGGCCCAGAUGUAAGAUCAUGCUCUGAGCAGGGAUUAAGUAAACAGGCAGCAAGUGACAGCCGUUCAUCUCUUCAUAGGUCUGUCUUGUGAAUCUGGAGGUGAGCUACACUAGGCUUGUAAGCUUUCUUGAACAGAGUAUGUAUGUCACUGCUCCUGUCUUUUCCUUAACAAAGUAGGGAAUAUUAAUGCUACAUUGAAUUUGACUGUAUGUGAUGUGUAUUGGAGUAUCUUAUUACCAAGAUCAUGACAUUUCAGUUAAGACUUGAGGUGCUAUGCAACCCUAGAUAUCUCUAGCUUAGUUUUACAUUUUUAGGAAAAAUACCAUAGAAUGAUACUGAUGAUACUCAACUUUGAUUAAUGUUUAUCAGGCCAACAACAAACAGCAAAGAUUGUAAAGGCUAAAUUUGCGUUUAGCCUUUACUAGCCCAUGCAGCAAAAGUGUAGUGGUAAUACACUUCCCAGAAUCAGAGUCUUUUCCCCAAAACACAUUUUAAUUGAAUCAUGCAAGUAUAGUACUAAUUAGACUACUACAGUAGUAUUAAUCUUGAUGUGUUUCCAAAAAAAAAGUCAAUAUCAAGCUUUUGUGCAAUCUGAGUGUUUUGUUAUCUCUGUUCUUUAUGCUUAAUUCAAAAAGAUGGAACUCAUUUUUGCAACCUCAGUGUAGACAAAAUGUAUUUGGAGAAGCUGCUGCUAACACUGUCCAAAUAUUUUGAUUAAGGGAUAGGGGCUGUUCAGGCUUGUAAACUAGAGCUGCGUGUCAAAAAUGACUUCAGAUUUUUGAGAACCAAUUUAAGUUUCAAAUGGGAUGCAUGGAACUCAAAAAAACCAAUCCCUGAUGGAUCUAAACGUGAGUGCUUAAAAGUAAGUAAUUCAAAGAAGUGCAGUGGGUUAUUUUUUAAAGAGACUAUAAACACAUCCAGCCUUUCAAAACUCCUGUCCUUGAGAUUUGUGUGAAACUUGUGUGCGUGUCUUGGAACACUCAGUACGUGCUACACACGUCUUGAGUAUAACACUUGUUAUGUGGGCUUGCUUUGUGGAACUGUUAUACAGGAUUGUCUUGUAUAUCAAAGUGUUGCAAAUUUAUACUGUGGAUAUUUGUACAGAAAGUGCAUAUAAAUUUUGUAUUUAUGA